AUGGAGAGAACGUGGGAUAACUCAUCUAACUUCUGCUAUGAUGAUAACGGGGAGUUACUUGUCACAGUGAAAGAUGUUGACAUGCAGAACUUUAUUGCCCAAUUAACUAACGAAAACUUUGACUAUAACGUCUGGAUCGGUGCAAGGGAAGGUCUAGACUGGAAAUGGAGACAAAGUGACACAAACAUCGAUCGCUUCUUUUGGGAGAUAGCAUUCCCUUAUCAAAGCUCGGGAGAUUGCAUCGAGUUAUCAUAUCAGAGUACCUCAGGUGAAUUUGCAUGGAGUCCUAGGUCAUCAGGAGACGAGAUUGGUUUGCUAUGCCAAUAUAAAACUCGAAUGAACUAUGAGGAAUGGUACGAGGGCCAACCUAAUAGAAAUAGCCAGGACUGUGUAGAAAUGAGAAUGGAUUUUCAGUACCAAUGGAAUGACCAAUAUUGUUCAGACCGAAUUCGGACUCUAUGUCAAAUUGGAAUUCCUGCCUGCGGUGACCCAGGUGAACCUUUGAAAGGUCAUCGUUUACCAGACGAUAGAACAACUUACUCUGUCGGUGCUACUCUUCAUUUCACCUGUCAGGAGGGCUAUACAUUAUCAGGAGAAAGCGUUUUAAGGUGUAUGAAUGAUGGAGCAUGGAAUCACCAAAGACCAUCAUGUGAAGCUGUCGAAUGUGAGGAAAGUCCACCAAACAUCACACAUUCCUCCAAAAUGAUACUAGGAUCAGUGUGUCAAGAUAUUGCUCUAUACACCUGUCAAGAUGGUUAUAUUCCUGAUAGUGAACCAAUCAGCUUCUGUCAGCAUACAGGCACAUGGAGUACACCUAACUUUACAUGUACAGUUCCCACACCAACCUCUUCACGUACUUUUUCUUCUCCACCAAAAUCAACUCCCGCUGGAGCUUCUUCAAUUUCCAUAUCAACUGUCGUAGGAAGCGCUGUUGGUGCUAUUCUUGUGAUUGUUUUCGUUAUAGUUCUCAUCAUCAUGUUUUGCAAACGAAGAAGGUUAGAGAGUUACCUUGUACUUAACCCGUCUUUCUCAUCAGUCCAUUAUCAUCGUAAAACCGUAUGGUUAUGGAAAUAGCUGAAUUAAGAUUGUACUUUAACAAGAAAAUUAUUAAUUUAUUUAAUUCCUUUUGUUCUAAUGUUGUCCAAUGUAAAUAUUAUAAAGCA